GAACAGGCAGAGCUGAGGGCCCUCCUCUCUCAAAUAAAAUGAGGAAGUUCAGAGUCAAGUUAGUGGCAGCUUCCUUUUACAGCAUUCGGACUCAGAAGAUGAACAAGUGAAAGAAAGGAAUUAAAAGUACGCAGCAUGAAAACAUUAAAAAUAGCCUGAAAGAAAAUAACUAGCGGAGUGUACUUUGGUUUGCUGGAAUCUAUUUGGAAAGCUGAUGCAAAACUCUUGAGCUCAGACUCGCUGAUAGGAAACAGGAUGCCAAGUUAUCAACCUUGGUGUCAUGGUAAUAUAACUCGAUCCAAAGCCGAGGAUCUACUUUCCAAAGCUGCAAGAGAUGGAAGCUUCCUGAUCCGGGACAGUGAGUCCAUACAGGGAGCGUAUGCCCUGUGUGUUCUAUACCAGAACUGUGUGUACACAUACAGAAUCCUGCCAAAUGAGGAUAAGAAGCUCUCUGUCCAGGCAUCAGAUGGAGUUCCUAUCAGGUUCUUCUCUAUGCUGCCUGAGCUGGUGGAGGCGUAUUACAGUACCAACAUGGGUCUGGUCACACACCUGCAGUACCCUGUCCAGAGGGAGGAGGAGUCAGAGGAGGAGCCAGAAGCCUGUAAUCUUCCACCACAGCUUCCACCCAGGAACUUUGCUGCCAACGAUGUCAAAGAAUAUGACCCCAAGUCUUCUGAACAGGCCUGCAAUUCCUUAACAGACACCUACCUGAUGAGGCUGCAGCAUAUGGACCUUUCCUCAGUACCAGAGGAGCAUCUAUUGGCUAUCCAAGAAUACUUAAGGACCUCGAUCUGCUCGGACGCUGAACAAGUCCAGAAUGGUUACCCUACCCUGCCAGGGCUAAAGAAGCUUACUAUGGCAAUCUGCAAGAAUUUAAACAGUGAAAUUACCCGAAUCCUGCCAGCUCUGGAGAUCUUUCACAGGGUGUUCGAACAACAGCUCUCUCCAGGGACUGGAUAUUAUCCAAGACAAAUGUCUGGCGAUUCAGGUCAAUUUGUAUCAUUUAGGCUUGAGCAACUGACCAAACUGCUGUAUUCAAUAGAAGAUAAGGCUAAGAGUUCUGUGUUUGAGUCCGUCGGGCACGAUGGAGGUCACAGGAAAUCUCUCAUACCUACUGUUACGUUUGAGGUCAAGCAAGAGUCUCUGGGUAUUUCCACCAAGAUGUUCCUGAAAGUGGAUGUUGAAAGUGGGAAGCUCUACUUUAAGAAGUCAAAAGAUGGACCUGAAGACAAAUACUUUGUGCACAACAAAAUCCUGCAGUUGGUGAAAUCCCAGAAAAUGCACGCCAAACUCGCAAUCGCAGUGGAGACGGAAAAAGAGAAGAUUUUGCGAAAAGAGUUUGUGUUUGAAAAUGCAAAGAAAAGGGAAGGAUUCUGCCAACUCCUUCAACAAAUGAAGAACAAACACUCUGAAAAGCCCGAGCCAGACAUGAUCACAGUGUUUGUUGGCACCUGGAACAUGGGUAAUGCCGGUUGUCCCCACAACAUCAACUCCUGGUUUCAGUGUAAAGGCCAGGGGAAGACACAGGACGACACCGCAGAUCAGAUCCCGCACGAUUUCUAUGUCAUCGGGACACAGGAGGAUCCUCUGGGUGAGAGGGAGUGGUCGGAUACAGUGAAAGGUGUGCUGAGGAAUAUAACGAACAUCAGCUUCAAACAGGUGGCAAUCCACACUCUGUGGAACAUUCGGAUCAUCGUCCUGGCCAAACCUGAGCACGAGAACAGGAUCUCACAUGUUUUCUCAGACAGUGUGAAGACAGGGAUUGCCAACACUCUGGGAAACAAAGGAGCAGUGGGCGUGUCCUUCAUGUUCAACGGGACAUCAUUUGGCUUUGUGAACAGUCACCUCACCUCAGGAAGUGAGAAGAAAAUCAGACGCAAUCAAAACUACAUCAACAUCCUGCGAUUCCUGAAUCUGGGAGAUAAGAAGCUGAAUCCGUUUGACAUCACACACCGGUUCACUCACCUCUUCUGGCUCGGCGAUUUAAAUUAUCGUGUUGAAUUACCAUCUACAGAAGCUGAGUACAUGGUGACAAAGAUCAAGCAGCAGCAGUACCAGGAGCUGCUCAGUAAAGACCAGCUCAGCAUGGAGAGGAAUGAUGGGAAGGUCUUCUUACAUUUCGCUGAAGAGGAAAUCACGUUUGCACCCACAUAUCGCUUUGAAAGAGACACUCGAGAGAAGUAUGCCUACACAAAGGCCAAAGCAACGGGGACAAAAUACAAUUUGCCCUCCUGGUGUGAUCGUGUCCUGCGGAAGUCAUAUCCUCUGGUCCAUGUGGACUGCCAAGCAUACGGCUGCACUAAUGACAUCAUGACAAGUGACCACUCACCAGUUUUCGCCUCAUUUCAAGUGGGUGUGGCCUCCCAGUUUGUCUCCAAGCAAGAUCUAAACAGCGCGACUCAAGGUGGGAUACAGAUCAUGAACUGUGUAGCCACCUUGUUGACAAAAUCAAAGACCAAGUUCUUCAUUGAAUACCACUCCAGCUGCUUAGAGAAGACAGUAAAGACUUCAGAGGGAGAGAACACGGAGCAUUCAGAGGGGUCAAUAAAAGUUUGGUUUGGAAACCAAGUUCAGCUCACACCAAUCAUCUGUGACCCCGAGUACCUCUUGGACCAGCACAUCCUCAUCUGUGUGAAGUCGACAGAUAGUGACGAGUCGUACGGAGAGGGCUGUGUUGCUCUGAGAGCUGCUCAGUUCUGCUACACAGAGUUCCAGAUCACACUGACUCACCACGGAGAGAAGACGGGAACUUUGACAGGAGGCAUACAGUUACACACCUCUGAGGGCAAGACCACGGAGAAGUUAUAUGAUUUCAUCAAAGUUGAAAAGGACGACACAGUCGCCCCAAAAGGCAAAGGCGGAGACUCAAACAAGUGUUCAGUCACCCAGGCACAUGAUAUUUCUAACCCCAACUAUAUGGGCGUGUCGUUCCAAAAAGGCAACGUGAUCGAUAAAGGUUGGAGUUACAGCAUGCCACCAAAAAAUAAUCCAGUCACUGGGCAAGGGAGUAAAGAACCCAGGAAAGUUGGCCAUGAUGCGAGCACAUGCAGUAUCACAAAUCCUACGGGUGAAGGUGAGCAGAAGUCAGAGAUGUUUGACAAUCCGUUAUAUGGAUCAAUGGGAAAGUCACAUUCUCGGGGACAUGAUCAAGACCACCAGCAGAAGGAUCAACUCACACCAGCUGAUGCGUUCUUUACAAGCUUUAAACAAGCAGACGGAGACCUUGAUCGCCCCCCGUUGCCCACCCCACGCAACCGCUCCUUCACCUGCUCUGAGACCAAACCUCAGCCUCAGCCUCCCACCCCGCUCACCCUGCAUCCGUCAGUGUACAAGAAACCGGUGGUGCCUUCACGCUCAGAAGGCGGGAUGGGGCCCAACCGUCCUCCUUUACCGUCCAAGUCUCGGCCAGGUGUGCCAGAGCCUCAGAUCACAAAACCCAGAGACUACAGAGAAAGCUCCGAAUUCCCGAGCAAACUAAGACCGCCAGCAAGACCGGCCCAGUCACAGCAGCAAAAAGACAUGUGUGCUGAAAUCCCCAAGAUGGGCCGUUCUGUGAAGUGAAACCAGACUGCAGCCGUGACUCUACAGCUUCCUGCUCUGCUUUUUGGAAACAUAAAAUAUGAAAAGGCAAGCUUCAAUCAGUCGAUCCCCUAGCUAAAUAUAUCACACAUUGACUGAAUAUAAAGAUGGAUGAAGUGUCUCCGAAUCCUCCUGUAGUACAUAAUGAAGCCAAAAUUAUACCUGUGGUGAGCGCUGAAAUAGUAAUUGGUAAAUGGACUUGAGCUUGUAUAGCACUUUUCUAGUCUUCUGACUACUCAAAGCGCUUUUACACUGCAUGUCACACCAACACAUUCACACCCUGAUGGCAGUGGUUUCUAUUUAAAGUGACCAUUAGAAGUAACUAAUAACUAAUAACUAAUAACUAAGUAACUAAAGUGUCUUGCCCAAGGACACAUCAUACAUAUUGCUGCAGUAGCAGGGGAUCAAAUCCCCAACCUUCAGGUUGCGAGAGACGACCAACUCUACCACUGAUCCACAGCCUCCCAAAUAGUGUGCAUUUGGAUCCAGAGUCUGCAUAGUGGAGUGUUAUGGUCAUCGCUCGCCUUCCCCUCACCAACACACAUUUGAGAAGAUGUCAAACAUUCCUCAGGUUGGUAUAAUCCACAGCAAAACAGAUUCUUGUGUGUUUUAAUGCAGACAAGAGUUGAAUGACACAUUUGUUAGAGUUUGUCAAAUUGUCUCUUCCCUGAUAAUUUGUGGCACACGUCGCUGAAGGAUCCUCAUCUGUCAACAGAGCUGUCAAAGCAUCAUUUCUCAUGUUUUUGAUCUUAUAGUUUAACCCAUAUCCCAUCUUUUAACAUGGAGAAGGGAGGAGCUUGUGAUAUUUACUGCAGCCAGUCAUCAGGGGGAGCCCAAAAUGUUUUGGCUUCACUUAUGGGAAACUUGCAUCUGCUAGCAUCUAUUUCCUUGACGUGAGUUUAUAUAUCUGUGCGCUGCACACAACGCUGAAGCUGGCUAACUUAGCUUAUAAUUAAGACAUGACACAAGGGAAACAGGAAGCAUGGCAGGGUUUUAGGGGAACAAAAAUAUAUGCACCUCUAAGGAAUCAAGGGAAAUACUUUUUUCCCUUGAAAAAGGGGGGGGGGGGGGGUUUACUGUAAUUCAACAUAUUUACAAACACACAGCAUAAGAACUUUGAAGAGAUACAAACUUUCCAUUAAGAGAUAUGAAUAUUGAAUACAUUUUUCAGGCUUUAUUUCUUCAAUGCUUACAUUAUAUAUCUGAAAUUAAACUGCUUAUAUAUAUAAAUACAAUUCUGUUACAUUUCAUGUAGACUUAACACUUUAUUGUAGCUCAUGAAUGUUUACCACACAGUGUUAUCUUGCACAGACAUGUUUGCCUUGAAGGUGUACAGAAAAGGUCUUAUAAUAAAACCGCUUUUAUUCAGAUGUUUCUCAUAACUUCUUGUUAAUAAACUGAACACAUUCUGUCUGCAGUCUGACAUCUAGUACUCAGACAUUUCAGGUAUUUGCCUCCAUCUGCUGUCAUCAAAAGGAACUGCAUGUAGAUUGAGAAUUAAAUGUCAUCAAAGCUUGAAAAAAUAUUGACAUUAAAGUUAACAGGAAACUAA